CUGCCCAGCGUUCUUUGCGGUGCCAAAUUCUUUCUCCGCGUUGCCCUUCCGUCCAGCGUCCUCUGCGAUGCCUUCUCCUCCCUCCCGGCGCCCAUUGCGAGAGGCUGUGCAAUUUAAUUUAAUGGUUUGGCGGUUAAGUUGAGUGACAUUAUGUGUUAAGUUCCCGGGUUUAAAAGUGUGAGGAUGGCUGAAACCGAUGUUCAGCCGGGUCAAUGCAGUCCAACUUUAUGUUUUGGGCAGUAUCAGUAUACAGCUGAGGAAUAUCAGGCAAUCCAGACUGCAUUGCAAAGGCGCCUGGGCCCAGAAUACAUUAGUCAACGUCCAGCAGGUGGAGGACAAAAGGUCUGCUACAUUGAGGGUCACAGAGUUGUCAACCUAGCUAAUGAACUUUUUGGAUAUAAUGGGUGGUCCCAUUCCAUCACACAACAAAAUGUUGAUUUUGUGGAUCUCAUUAAUGGAAAAUUUUAUGUGGGUGUCAGUGCAUUUGUAAAGGUCCAACUCAAGGACGGAAGUUUCCAUGAAGAUGUUGGUUAUGGAGUGAGUGAGGGACUGAAAUCCAAGGCAAUGUCCCUGGAGAAGGCCAGGAAGGAAGCAGUUACUGACGGAUUAAAGCGAUCUCUGAAAUCCUUUGGUAAUGCCUUGGGUAAUUGUAUUCUGGAUAAAGAGUACCUGCGAAUGGUUAAUAAACUACCCCGGCAGCAAACGGAUUUUCAGUUUGCUGAUGCUAAAAGAAAUGAUGAUGAGCCCAUGGUUCAGAAAGCCAGGUACAACAGCUUAUUACAGGCUCAUCUCAGGCCUCUGCCUGCACCCACUUCAUGUCCUCCCAACAAAGGUAUUAAAGGAGAAACUGCAGACAGGAAGGAAGACGUGGCAGGAGAGAAUUACAGACUUUCCAGCAGUACAGAUUACAACGUUGAUCUGGACCUCACGCACCAACGGAAACUUCGACAGAAGCAACUUCAACAACAGUUCAGAGAACAGAUGGCGAAGAAUCUCAAACCACAACCACGAGAAACUGUUAGUUGUGUUGCCCAAGCAAAUAAUCACACAGUGACAGUUGUGCAGUCUAAAUUGGUACCACAGAUUAAUCAUAUCACACCAAUCAAUCAUGAGGCAGAUUUAUUUGAGGAUAAGCUCCUGGCUGCAGAUGAUCCUGAACUCUGGGAUAUUCCUCUGGAUGACACCAGAUAUGAGAGCAAUCCAAAUGUCCCUUGUCAGAAUCAAACUCCAUCUACACCUCCUACAGGUCUACAACAGAUGUUGACAAGGAGCAGAACUCCACAAAAGAUUAAUUCCUCAAAACAAACCCACAAUGCCUACCAAAGUAAAACAGUGGAAUCUAGCCCUUGCCGAGAGGGACAAUUCAUGAAGAAACGCAGGCUGGAACCUGCCUGAAGAAUCAGUGUGGCAAACCAUCAUAUAAUUUCUACAUAACUUUUUUUUGUUAUUUUUCUUUGUGAGAUGUCCCUUGCCUUUCUACAAUGCAGCUUUUGGAGGAAGUGAGACAUUUAUGUUCUUCAAAAUCUUUAAUGAAUCUUGCCCAUCUGGUAAUUUUAUUUCAAAGUUACACCACAUGUAAUGCUGAUGUCCUGAGAAGCUUUAUGCUGCUGUUUAUGAAUUAUGCAGUACCACAAUGGUAAGUAAUUUCUACAGCAAAUUGCACUGAAGUAAUAAGUUUGAUUGUACACUGAGGUGCAGGAACUCUUGUGGUUUUGUGCAAGAAAAUACUGAGAAACAAAAAAUGUAUUUUCAUCAGGAUUAAAGCUAAGGGAAUAAUCUGUUUAGAAAAAGUUAUCUGAAAAGCCUGCUGCAAUUGCCUCAUGAGUUUACCAUAAGCUAUUACAUGGGUGGAGAAAAUGGAAGGUAAAUGUGAUAUUAAUUUCUGAUUGAAAUAUGAUUUUGCAUUGUUGAUCUCAUUUUUUUGUUAGUCAUCCAAAUGUCCAGUAAUUUUUAUUGCUCUAGUCAGUAAUAAUUGUUGGUAAAUGUUGGAGUGCUGCUGAAUGAAACUGGAAAAAGUUUCAUUUUUGACAGUUAUUCAGAAAUAUUCUAACUACUGUAACCAAUAAUUUCGUACCUUGGAGUCAUGAUUCUGAAUGAUAUCCUUCUAUUUUUCCAUGGGCAUCGUUUCACUUUUUAAAAUGUUUUUAUUAUACAUUAAAUUUAGAACUUGAUAUGUUUAAACUAUUGAUGAAUUGAAAUGUGUUGCUUUUACUGAUUAAUGGGAUGGUUUAUCUUUGCAAUAUCUUGUUUGGGUUAUUGAUAAUAUUCCCCAUACUUAACUAAGUUCAAAAUGCAGAGACAAUCCUGUAUGUCAAUUGAAGAAAAUAAGCAAUAUUAUUCUUUGUCUUGUCAACAUCCUUUGGCCACUUCAAAGCAUUUUGCAAUGUGAGAACUGUAAAGUCUCAGUAAAUCAUGCAAUGACCACAACUUAGCCCACCAUCAUCCUUCGUGUCUAAGAAGGGUUAGGAUUAGAUUGAUCUUGGAGUAAGUUAAAAGGUCAGCACAACAUCAUGGGUCAAAGGGCUUAUUGUGCUGUACUGUUCUAUACUCUAUCUUCCAAAAGGAAGAGACUGGUAAACAAAACCUGUCCAGUAGAGCUGCAAAAUUUUAUGAAAUUAUAGAAUCAGAGCACUACAGCACAAACGGGCCCUUCAAACCAUCGGAAUGUGCUAAUUUAUUAUUCUGCCUAGUCCCAUUGACGCACACUUGGACAGUACUCCAAUUGUGCUUCACUAGCAACUUGUACAACUUCGACAUAACGUCCCAACUUCCCAAAUCCCUCUGUUCUACCACAAAACCUCAGUGCUCUGUUUACUAUAAAAGUCCUAUCCUGGUUUAUCCACCCAAAGUUCAAUACCUCACACUUGUCUCUAUUAAGUUCCAUCUAUUAUUUUUCCAGCUGGUCCAGAUCCCACUGCAAGUUUUAAGUUUCUUUGCUGUCCAUUACACCCCCAUAAAUUUGUAGAUCCAGUUUACCAUAGAAUCGUCCAAUUCAUUAAUAUAGGUGACAAAUAGCAACAGGCCCUGUACCAAACCACUAGUCACAGGCUUCCAGUGACAAGCAACCAUCUACAACUCCUCUCUGUCUUAUCCUAAGUCAGUGUUAAAUCCAAAUUAAUAUUUCAUCCUGAAUGCUUCAAGACCAUGGUCUUCCAUGUGGAAUUUUCUCAAAGACUAUAUUGAAGUCCAUGUAGACAGCAUCCACACCCUUUCCUUCAAUUUUCCUGGUACUCUUUGAAAACCUAAGAUUGGUUGGACAUGACAUACCUUAUGUUGACCAUCCCUAAUCAGGCCAUUAUCUAAAUACUUACAGUAUACCUCCAGUCCCUUAGAAUACCUUCCAUUAAUUUACCCACCACUGAUAAUAGGCUCACCAGGCUAUAAUUUCCUGUCUUAUUCUUAGAGCCUUUCUUGAAUGACAAACAAUAUUAGCUAUCCUUCAGUCUUUUAGCACCUCAGCUGUGAAUGAUCCCAGGAAAGAGGUGGUUAAUGUAUGAGGAGUGCUUGAUCAGUCUGGGUCUGUAUUUGCUGGAGUUAAGAAUGAGGGACAAUCUCACCAAAACCUACCAGAUAGUGAAAGACUAACAGAGUUCAGGUGGAGAAAAUGUUUUCAAUAUUGGGGGAGGGUUGGUCUAGCACCAGAGGGCCAGUUUCAAAAUCGGAUCUCUCUCUUUAGGAGAGGAGAAAUUUAGCCAAAAGGUGGAAAAUCUGUGAAAUUAAUUGCCACAAACAGAUGUGGAGGCCAAGUCAUUUGAUACAUUUAAAGCAGAGGAUGAUAGGCUUUUAAUUAGUUAGUGUAUUGAAGCUUACAAGCAGAAGGCAGGAGAAUAGGAUUGAGGAAAAAUAUCAGCUAUGAUUGAAUGAUGAAGCAUAUUUGAUGGGCCAGGUAAUUUUUCCUGAUGAGUAAUGCCACCCCUACCCAGUUAAUACUGCCCCACCUAUCAUAUCUAAAGCAAUGGAACCUCAAUACAUUGAGCUACCAAAUCUGCUCCUCCAGGAAUCAAGUCUCACUAAUGGCUACAAUAUCACAAUUCCAGGUGCUGAUCUAUUCUCCAUCUCAUCUGCCUUACCUGCAAUACUCCUUGUAUUGAAAUAGACAUAGAACAUUAAUCCCACCGUACUCAAGCUCUACUUACCUCUACUCUCCCCACAAUCACUUCACUCAGUUCCCAGCUUCCUGCAACUCGAGUUUAAAGCCCACAGAACAGCACUAGCAAACCUUUUUGCAAGGAUAUUGGUCCCUCUCCAGUUCAGGGGCAAACAGUACUGUUUGUACAGCCUCCACCUUCACUGGAAGAGCCCAAUAAUCCAAAAAAUCUAUAGUCCUCCCUCCUUCAUCUCCUUAGUCAUUUGUUAAACUGUAUUAUCCAUUUCCAGCUGUGCUAACAUGUGGCAUGUGUAGCAAUCAUGAUCCUAGAGGUCUUGCCCUUUAAUUUAGCACUUAACUGCCUGAACUCAACACCAUUCCUAAUUAUGUUACCAAGAUGGACCUUAAUCUCUGGCUGUUCACCCUUCUUUAAAAUGCUAAGGACAUUUGAUGGAGCUGGACUACCAGAAUUCUUUGACAAAAUUGCAGGUUACUGCUAAUGUAGUAAAACAAUACUUUAACCCAGACCUCAAAGGGAAUUUCAAAUUUCUCCUGGCCCUUCCACCAGUGUUUCUGAUUGCAACCUUGUUCAUAUACCUAACCCACACACUGGACCUUUGGAUCACAUUAUGAACUGGAAAAAAUUUAGUUUUAUAAUACUGGCAACUCCUACAAUAGUCAUUCAGGUAACAGAAAUUUGUCCUUAAAGACAUUCCAAAACCUCUACUGAAAAUCUUCACAAUUUGGGUUUCUUGUUGCAUGUGCAGUUAUUAGUCGAGGUGGGUAGGGGGUUGGGGUGAUUGAGAAGCAGUAAGCUAUAAAAAUGUAAAAUCAAAGUGUUUUAGAAAGUAGAUGCUCUAAUACAAAUAUUUUAAGAACUUCCUGGAUUCUUGUGGUGCUGCCACAAGCAGUAUCCAUCAAGGACUCCCACCAUCUAAGUCUAUGCUCUCUUCUCACUGUUGCAUUGGGGAAGAGGUCCAGGCACCACAGUAGCAUUGCGGUUAGAUGCUAUUGCAGGUUGAGCAAAGUUCAGUUCUACCAUGUUCUCCCUGUGACUGCAUGGGUUUUCUCCAGGUGCUUCAGAUCUCGCCACAGUCCAAAAACGUAUCAAUUAAUAGGUUAAUUGGUCAUUCUAAAUUACCCUCUGAUUAGGCACAUGUUAAAUGGACAGGUUGCUGGGUGGUGCAGCUCUUGGUUGAAAGGGCCUAUUCCAUGCUGUAUCUCUAAGUAAAAUAAAGUCCCACACCAGUAGGUUUAGGAACAGUUAAUACUCUUCAACCCUCAGGCUCUUGAAAGUAGCAUGGAUAACUUCACUCACCGCAACAAUGAAAUGAUUCCGCAAGCAAUGGACUCCCUUUCAAGUACUCUACAACUUCUUCUCAGUAAUAUUUAUUAAGUUAUUUAGAGUUUGUCUUUUGCACAUUGACAGUUUGUGUGCAGUUUUUCAUUGAUUCAAUUGUAUGUCUUUGUUCUACUAUGAA